AUGGUUUCCUGUGUGAGGCGUUCUAGCCUGCGCAGAUUGAGACGUCGCGGCGGCCUUGCUAGGCUACUGGAGGCUCCGGAGUGCGUCUCGCUGGUCGCGCGGUCGGCCAUGGAGACCCUGCGCAAAGCGUUGAUCGUGGGCGCAGUGCUGGGCGUGGGGGCUGGCGUGGGCACCGCGCUCUUUGUCCUCGUGACCCCGGGAGAGCAGCAGAAGCAGGCGAUGCUAAAGGAGAUGCCGGAGCAGGACCCGCAGCGCAGGGACGAGGUGGCCGGGACCAAAGAGCUACUUCUGGCCACUCUGCAGGAGGCCGUGGCCACGCAAGAGAACGUCGCCUGGAGAAAGAACUGGAUGAGUGGCGGCGGCGGGAAGUCAGCCUGAGGCCAGACCUGCCCCCGUGCGCGCCGGGACCUCCGCUGCAGCGCAGGAGCCCGAGCCGGCCUUACUCUGUGGGCCGGCGGGGAGUCCAGACACGCGCAGACCUCUUCGGGACCUGGGAAGCUGCCGCCGGGUGAGCACGUUCCCCCCCAAACCCUGCACUGACAGUGUUUUAACGUCCACGUCUUGGGCCAGGGCAUCGGAUGCGGCUAACUGAAGGAACCAAUAAAUCAUGUUCCUCCAUCCAGAGAGUGAGCACUGCGGUUGGACGCCCAUAAAAGCCUAGAGUGUUAUGGGGGUCAGUGCUGCGGGCGAGCUUGAGUGCAGCUCCCGCCUGCCCCGCCCUUCAUGUGACGCUGAAGCCCUAUAGGCAGAGCGACCACGUUUUCAAAACACACGUCAGGUCACGUGGUUUGCGUGAGUGUACUUUCAGGGAUAACCAAGUGAUGUUCUUGAAAUCGUUAUCCUGGAAACUCUUGUGCAGUAAAUACGCAUAGAGGACACUCUGGGUGCCUGUCCUUCGAAUGAGGUUGGAGAGGGGCUUCUAGCAAUUAACAUGUGCCAUAAUGCCUUCUGUGACCUUAAUUCGUGGUAGGAACGGUAAAAGGGGUGUGCUUUGAGUCAGAUCUUGUUUCAACUCCUCCAUGUUUUUAACCUCUGAGCCUUAGUCCUGUUCCAUAAAAGGUGAUAAUGGGGACUUCCCUGGUGGUCCAGUGGCUAAGACUCUGUGCUCCCAAUGCAGGGGGCCCUGGUUCGAUCCCUGGUCAGGGAACUAGAUCCCAGGUACUGCAACAAGAGUUUGCAUGCCGCAACUAAGAGAUCCCACAUGUUGCAACGAAGAUCCAGAGUGCUGCAACUAAGACCUGGUGCAGAUAAAUACAUAAAUAAAUAAAUGGUGACAAUUAUCUUGAGAGUUGUAAAAAGGUGAACUUAGGAAUGUAAAGUGCAGUGCCAGGCACAGGGCAGCCUCUCACUAAAUGCCCUGGGGUUUUCCUCCCACAAGGCGUUCACUGCAGUGGCUUUCAAUUUCUGAAUCCGUCACAGGAUCCAUUGGCGAUGCCACUGAUGGGAUGAGAUAAAGCUAUCAGUGGGGUGGCCGCCCUACAGCGAGGUCAACCAUUUCACUCCCCUUUUGUCUAUUUUAUGUCCCGUGGUUCCAAACAAGAUUGCAAUUGAUGGGGGAUGGGGGGGGGCUGCUUGUAUUAAAUAAAGCCGGAACACACUAAAUAAAGCUUGGUAACACUGAGGUGUAAACCCAGAUAUGAGCAUUGGUGCAGUUUUCAGCUACUAGAUGGUGAAGUCGUAAGCUGAGCACAUUUGUCAUGUGCGACCUUUACAGUUUACUUGUGGCCUCUUUCCUAGUCGGGGUAUGAGAGGAGGGAGGUCAGCAGCUGUCUGAGUGAGCACGAGGAUGAGGUGAGCAGCAGCAGCGCAAGGGGAGCUCGGCAGUUCAGAGCCUGAGCCCUAGAGUCACGCUCCCCAGAGAUGUGUCCGGGUUCUGCUACUUGCUAGCUCUGUCAGUUUGGACAAGUCAUGUGCUUUGGCGUCCCAAUCUCUAAAAUGGGAUCAUUGUACCUACAGCUAGAUAAUACUGCCUUCAUAUCUCAGUUAAUACAUAAAAAGCACUUAAAACUGCGUGGUAUAUAUUAAGUACUCAUGCUUUUUAGUGCAGAAGAGAUGCAGUUGUGAAGGUCACACUAUGGCUCCUCUCACUGUGAAUGGCCACUUUUUUUUUUUUCUUCGGUACGCGGGCCUCUCACUGUUGUGGCCUCUCCCGUUGCGGAGCACAGGCUCCGGACGCACAGGCUCAGCGGCCAUGGCUCACGGACCCAGCCGCUCCGCGGCAUGUGGCAUCUUCCCGGACCGGGCCACGAACCCGUGUCCCCUGCAUCGGCAGGCGGACUCUCAACCACUGCGCCACCAGGGAAGCCCGAAUGGCCACAUUUUAAAAACUACCCUUCUAGUAGCUAAUACUUAAUUGGGGACUUAGCAGGUGCCAGGCACGGUGCCAAAGCACCUUACGUCAGCAUUACGUAAGCCCCCACAACCCCAAUUAACAGGCACUAUUAUCCCUGUUUACUAAAGAAGAAACUAGGCUUAAUUAAAGAAGUCAAGGCACAUAGCUACUAAGGAUUUCAGGCUUAGGUACUGCCUUACCCAUAGGAGCAAAAGAUGCUAUCCAACGUACACCCCACACUCCAGCACCUCUCCCCUUCAACCUCCCAAGCAACUCAUCAGACCCAGAGAUUAGAAACAAGUCUCCCGUGGAAAUUUAAGAGGAAGCAUAGGGUCUGUUCUAAAAGCCUUCCUUUUGUCCCUCCCGGCCAUUCAGGAAGGAGUCAGUCGCAUACACAACUCAGAGGGUCUAUUUAUUAGGAAGGUAAUGUCAGUGCUUUAUCAAAGAUGGAGAGGUCAGAGAAGGGUGGUGGGAUAAAGGCCUCUCAGCCGGGACAUUUCUUGGCCACAAUGAGGACAGCAGAAGGCACAAGUCCUGAAGAUGGAACAAAACAGGUUUGAACCAAAAGAUCUGCUUUUUGCCCACCCUCCCCGGCCCCCCCAAAUUCCUGGCCUCACACUAUCUCCACAAAGUCCCUUCUUUGCAUCCCUUCCUUUCUCGGGCAUGUCCCCUAUCCCCCUCCUGGUUUCAGGUCCCACGUGUCAUACCCAGCUCCUGCAGAGGCCGCUCCAUGUCAGCCUCUGAGAAGGCCCGCCGGGGGAAGCCACUAAGCAACUGCACAGGAUCCUGGCCCCCUCCUAGCUCCUCCCCACGGUGGAGCUCCACAUAGAGCCUCACAGCUGCCAGCUGUUCCCGUGCCCGGAAUGUCUGGGUCAGUGAGCUCCCAUCUGGCAGCCUGACCUGGAAGGCAAGACAGAAAUACAGAAUUGUGAGUGUCAAAACUGAGUGAAGUGCCCAGGUAAGGAAAAGGAAAAGAGCAAAGUUGGUUUCUCCUUCCUCUUAGAGAGACUGAAGCAGCAUAAUUACUAUUUAAAGCAGCUAAUGAACAAGCACUUAGGCUUGGCUUUACUGAACACUGAAGAGAGACUCCUAGCUCCCUCACAAUUUAAGGAAAACAAAGACCAGAUUACACAAAAUAUCUGGAUAGGUACCACAUCGUGCAAAUAGCUGUAUAAUAAGCCAAAGGAAAAUACGGUGAACAAGUAAGAAGUUAACUGCUGAAUAUGAAAGAGAGAUAGAUUUAUAUAAGACUAGGGCAAGUAAAAUUUGAUAUCUUUCCUAAGAGCAGAGCAGGUAGGAUUUCAAAAGUCAUUUACAAAGAUGGAAGAGGUUUGGCAAAGGGUACAUAACUGAAAAAAGCUCUGGGCUGGGCUGGGUGCCUUACAAGCCAACAAAGGGUCCCAGGAGCAAGACAGGAAUCAGAAUCAGUACCUGUAUGCGACACUGGUCAUACUCUCGCUUCGUGGGAGGCUCCUUGCCGGGAGAGGAGGGAACGGGGCCUGGCUCUGUUGUUGGUGGGCAUGGCUGAGAACCCCCAUGACCACCAUACUGGAGGAUAAAGUUAAACAAUCAGGCACUAAGCCCAACCCUUCCCUCUGAAGCUAGAAAAGGGGAUUUACUAGUCCCCCUACUUCAUGACCCUCAGUAUGUACCCAAUCACCUACCUUCUUGGCUCUCUCUGCUUUGUCUCUUUCGAUCUUUUCUCGGACUCUUUGUCUGGAAUGCAGACAGAACGAAAGUAGGUCAGACACUGACAAAGCAAAUCUUGAUUCCUUUCUCAUCUCUUGGCCAACACCCCCAGCACCCAGACCUGGCUGCUAACUCUUCAGCCUUUUCCCUCCUCCGCUCCUCAGCAGCCCGGCGCAUCUCAUCUUCCUGUAGCCGCUGUCGGGCAGCUGACAACUCUUGCCCUUGUCUCCUGCGCUGCCGUUCCCGUUCCAGUGCCUCCCGCUCCUCUCUUUCUUCACGCUCCCGCUGCUUUUGGGCCACCAGCUCCAACAUCCUGUAUUGCAGAGAGGAAAGAGUUCAAGAGAAAUGGACAUAAAUUGGGAGAGUGUGUUUAUUAACAAGGGAUUCAGAAAACAGAAUCCGGGAACACAGGCCCAAACACCUCUGGGGAGAGGUGGAGGAGGAGCCUCAGAAAUGGGAGCUUGUUCUUCAUACCUCUUAGUCUGUUCCUGUCUUUCCUCUUCAGUCAAAACGGGUUUGCUUUCUCCCACAACAGACUCAGGUCCUACAGACAAACAAUCAGUAUUAUCACCCGUUCAUCCUCCUCCUCAGGCCCUCCUGAAUAAUCACAGUGGGUCCCUCGAUCAGGACUUUCAGGGCCACCUUGCUCAGUGGGUGUGGGUUCCCGUCCCAGGAUAUGUCCAAGGGGGGUCGCUAGUGGCUCGUCCACGUCUGGGUCGUCUUCAUGCUCCAUCAACCUGACAGGGAAAGUCAGGAGGGAAGUUAAUGUUCAGGCUGCCCCUCGUAGGAGUCCCCAGCCACCUGCUACCCGGUCUGAGCGCUCACCAGUCCAUCGCAGCCUCGAUGCCCUGGUUCCCUGUGAGGGCCAGAGCCUUCUCCCUGGGGGCAGAAACACCGUGAAUAGCGCCCACGAGCCAUGGCGAUGGUCAGGCUGGGGCGUAGAGCCUGAGGCCAGGCUGGGGUAAAGGCCUGGACAGGUCGGCGACCCCCGCGGACGGGUGUUAGGGGGCUCCCUUACGCGCGUCCCCUGGGGAAGCCCAUCUCGAUGAGACUCUCCAGAGCCGUCAGCUCCGCCAUGACGCCGCCACCGCCGCUUCCGCGGGGACCUGGAAGGGACGAGAAGGCCGGAGAGGGUCAACGCGGGGCGUCCCCCGCCGGCGCGGAAACCCGCCCCCUACGGCCCCAACCGGACGCUCGCUCACUCACUGGCUCCAGACCGGCCCUGGACACCGACGAGAAGAAAGCCUAGAGGAAGCGGAAGUGCCCGAAUCUGUUUGGGUCACGUGGAGGCGGACGUGGACGGGUGCCGCAGAGAGCCAGAAAACACAGGCCUGGCCCGGCUGCCAGGACCUGGCGCUGAGGGGACAGGCGGGGCGUAGGAGUAGCGGCCCGGGAGGCAGCUCACACUCCCCCGCCCAAGCCCGGGUGCCCCGCAGCGGUGUAGAAGGGCGAUGCCGCCCUGAAACCCUUGGGCGAAUCAAGACAGCUCUCGAUAUGGCCCCUUAGCGCAACCGGUUGGAAAAUUAUUUAUCAGUGUUUAUCAGGAGCCAUAGAAAUGUGCGCACCCUUUGACCUGCUCAUCCUGUCCGGCAAUUGAGCUAGCCUCCGCGCUACUGCCAAAGGGAUCUUUGCAAAACACAAUAACUGAUCCUUUCAUCAGCUCCCUGAUUAAGAUUUCUCCAUGACACCUCAGUCACCGAGGACGAAACUUAAAUGCUGGUAGUCUGGCUUCCUCCUACCCUUUCUUUUGUUAAUGUCCCAUCUGUAAAGUGAGGAUAACAAUAGCACCAACCUUAGGUGUCUGGCAAGACUACACUGUGUAAAUGUUGGUAGUUGGUGCGGGGUUCAUCUCUCACCACUUGAGGGUAACUUGUGCAGAUUGCAAAACUCUCCCUCCUCCCGGCCUUUGCACAUACCCGUCCCUCUGUGUCUGGGAUGUCCUGCCUUUUCUGUGGGCUUGGUUAACUCCCAGUCGUUUUUUCGGACUGGACCCUGGGUUUGCUUUCUUUUUUUUCUUUCCUUUUUUUUUUUUUUUGGCCGCACGCAUGUGGGAUCUUAGGUCCCCAGGGAUCAAACCUGCGCCCCCUGCUGUGGAAGCGCGGAAUCUUAACCACUGGACCACCAGGGAAGUCCCUGGGUGUGCUUUCUAAGGGAAGCCUGCCUUGACCACCCCCUCUCCAUCUCCCAGCCCCGGUAUUUACUCCAUUAGCAUUUGUCCCCGUAGUGUGUAGUCUUGUUGAUUACUUAGCCCGCCGCCACUACCUAGGCUGUUAGGUCCCUUAAGUUAAAGCUCACUUUAAAUGUUUUUUAGGAGGCAGAAUAAUAAUAAGUUGCUGAUAUUGAUAAUAUAUGCACUAGAGAAUUUUAUAUGGUUAAUUCAUAUUUAAUCAUCACAACAAUCCAUAUGAUGUAGAUACUAUUAUUAGUCACAGGAAACAGACACAGAAAGAUGAGAUAAUUUACCGAAGGUCGCAGAGCUAGGAUUCAAACCCAUGCAGUGUGCGUGCUGGAACUGCUAGGCUGUGCUGCCUCUCUGCGGUGGAAUGAUCAUCAGCUAUGGAGUUGGGCAACUUGUAUCGAGAAGUCCUAACUCACCUCCUUAUUUGUACUGAAUAGCUUCAAACCAUUUAGAACCUCAAACUUCUCAUCUGUGAAAAGGUGACACCAUCUCUUAGAACGACUGUGAUAGAGAUUAAGUACGAAAGCAUGUAAAGCGUGUCUUUAAUAUUAAGACAGUAGGGAAGAAAAAGUACGGGGAAAAAAAAACAACAAAAAAGUGAGGUAGUAGGCCCUCAUUAUUUGUAAAUGAAUAAAUGCUGAGAAAUACAGGAAUCAGAUUAAAAAGACAAAGUAUUCACGGCAAUGUGGUGAGUGUAUUCAAAAUAACAAAUGUGUUCUAAAUUUAUUCUAGAGUUCCAAUAAUAGAAGAAUGAUUAAAUUGUAUAGUACUACCUCUCUCACCUACUUCCAAGUAAGUACCCUAUGGAAGUACACAAACAUGUGAGGAUACACAAACAAACAAGGAUGUCCAUAGCAAACGCUGAAGACAAAUGUUCUAACAAAGAGCAAAGGCUAUUGCCAGUUAAGGAGCAUCCUCCAGUGGAAAGUUAUGCCUUUCACAUAACUAAGGAGGCUGUGAUUUACCAACAGGGAACAUUGUCCAUAAUAUAUUGAAUGAAAAAAAUAUAUUUGCAUUGCUUAGGGAAAAAUUUGCUCUGCUACAGGCAAUUACCUCUUGAGGAGGACGGGAACUUUCAUUUUAUCCUCUUCAGUACUGAAAUUUGUAUGUGUUACUUUUAUAAUUUGAGAAAAGGUUAUAAGAUCAGUAAAAGUGAGGAAUAAACUGUGUAGCAACUUCGACUUUUCUACAUCCAGUUAAUUUAAAAAUAAACUCGAAAGUAUGUAUACUACUCCGAAAAAUCGGUGUGUGGACGAGGAACUGAAAAGGAUCAUGAAAAUUGAAAAUGUUUUCCUUUUACAUCUCCUUUAAUGUUGUUACAGUGAAUAUACAAUAAACACAAAUGCGGGAGGGGGAAUCCUUUGCUAUUAUUGUAUUAUUAUUAUUAUAAUUUUACUAGCAAAACCGCAAGCUUGUCCCAGACAGCAGCUUGGGCAGUCCUUCUCUUCUCCACUCCAUGUCAGUCAUUUAUUUCCACCCGCCUCAGACACAGGUAGAUUCUAACUCAGUGCGCAUCCUCACUAUCUAAACAAAAAGGCAGAAGGAGAAGGAGUGGUCUCUAGCCCCAAACUCCCAUACCACAGCAGCUUAUUCUCAAAACCCCACGGAAGCCACCCAUAGUGGCAGGGCCCUUUUGAGGCUGUACGACAGAAGUAGACUAACCGUAGCCAACGGGCCGAAUCUGGCCAGGGCCUGACUUGUAAGGCCCAAGAGCUAAGAAUGAUGUUUACAUUUUUAAAUGGUUACAUGGUUGUGUAAGAACUACAUGAUAUCUUCCAUUUUAUCCCCUGGAACCACAAAGCCUAAAUUAUUCUGGUCCCUUAAGAAAAAAUUUGCCGACCUUCUCUACUCCUAAACCUAAGCUCGGGGCAGAGUGGAAAGUCUGGGGCCUGAACCGACUCAGUGGGGGCCCAGCGCCCGGCCUUCCAUCCCGCCAUCUGUCGGGGGCCGCCACCUCCCCCGGAGCAGCGCCGGGCUUAGCUUGGCCGGAGAGGCCCCCGGGCGGCUUCAGAGUCCCGCGCCGCUCGGGCGGCCUCGGCGGGGGCAGCCCCAGCGCUCGCGCAGGCAGAAGUGCCAGACCAGGGCGGAGCAGCUGAGCAGGGCCAGCGCCGAGCCCACGCCCACGGCCCCGUGCAGCAGCGUGAG